AUUAACAGUUAUUUAAUCCAGCGCCUCCCCUAUUUUCUGUCAGUUGGUUUGUUCUGGAUUUCCUGUGCGGAACCAACGUUACGACCCGGAAGUUUGGGCGGUGGUUGAGAGAAGGAGCAGGACGAGCUAGCUGGUUUAUUUUCUCCCUGUUGUCGGAUACAAAAUCAUCAAAAUGUCAAGCAAAAGGGCAAAGGGAAAGACCACAAAGAAGCGCCCUCAGCGCGCCACCUCCAAUGUCUUCGCCAUGUUUGACCAGUCUCAGAUUCAGGAGUUCAAGGAGGCCUUCAACAUGAUCGACCAGAACCGCGAUGGGUUUGUUGACAAAGAGGACCUUCACGACAUGCUUGCCUCGCUGGGGAAGAACCCAAAUGAUGACUACCUCGAGGCCAUGAUGAAUGAGGCUCCUGGACCCAUUAAUUUCACAAUGUUCCUCACCAUGUUUGGAGAAAAGCUUAAUGGCACAGACCCUGAGGAUGUGAUCAGAAAUGCUUUUGCUUGCUUCGAUGAAGAGGGCACAGGUUUCAUCCAGGAAGAUUACCUCAGAGAGUUGCUCACAACAAUGGGCGACCGGUUUACAGAUGAGGAGGUGGAUGAGCUUUUCAGGGAGGCCCCCAUUGACAAGAAGAGCAACUUCAAUUAUGUGGAGUUCACACGCAUCCUAAAGCACGGUGCCAAGGACAAGGACGAUUAAAAAGCCAUACGAGCAUAUUAGUUGCCACCCUCUGCCCUUCCCGUCAGCUAGAUCAUCAUGUUGCAUGACUCAACUCUAAACUCUAUUUUAGGCAAACCAAAACAAUAAUUGUUUGUUGUAAACUUCCAGAAUUGCACAUCCAUAAUGAAGAAAAAAAUCUGACUGGAUUGUCUCUUUUUUUGCAAAUGUACUGUUCAUUGAUGUAAUGUGAGAAGUGGCAGUACAUAGGAAGUGCAACUCUUGAGGGACUAAAGCCUUUGAUAUUCAUAUGAUCUGGUUCAGCUGAAUUUUUACAUUUUAUAAUAUAAACUUUUUAAAUAAAGCCCUCUAUCAAGUUG